UUGUUGAUACUUGAUAGGAAAAAGAAGAGCACCGUUGAGAAGAGUUACGAUCAAUGAAUGUGUUGAAGCUGAAGGCGGUGUCUGAAGCAGCGAACCCUAAUGACACCGCGAAGAAGACGGAGACUGUGGACCUGGGUAACGGAAGCGACGUCGUUUACAUUCAGCGCUUAAUUCCCUACGAAGACUCAUGGCAAUGGUUCCAUUACCUCGAUAACCAUAUCUCAUGGACCAGACCCACCGUUCGCGUCUUCGGAAAAUCCUUCCUUCAGCCUCGAGAUACAUGUUAUGUUGCAAGUCCUGGGUUGACUGAGUUGACUUACAGUGGCUAUCAACCGCAUGCAUAUACUUGGGAUGAUUUUCCACUGCUUAAAGACAUCUUGGAUGUUGUCCUUAAAGCUCUUCCUGGGAGUAGUUUUAAUAGCGUACUCUUAAAUAGGUAUAAAGGUGGUGAUGACUAUGUUGGUUGGCAUGCUGAUGAUGAGAAGCUUUAUGGAUCAACACCUGAAAUUGCUUCGAUAUCUCUUGGAUGCGAACGUGAUUUCUUCCUGAAGAAGAAGCAAUGUAAAAAAUCUUGUGAUGGAAGUGAUGAGCCUGCAAGAAAGCGAUUAAAGAAGAGUAGCCAUGCUGAUCAGCACACCUUUAGACUAAAGCAUGGAUCCCUUUUGGUGAUGAGAGGCUAUACCCAAAGGGAUUGGAUUCACUCUGUCCCUAAGCGUGCAAAAGUGAACGGUACACGCAUUAAUCUUACCUUUCGACGUGUUUUUUGAAAGAUUUUUGGACAUGGUCCAGCUUUUGGAAUAUGAUCAUGCAUUGUUGUAAAUCUGCUUCUGGCAUUAUUAUAGGAUUACUGACUAGUUUCUUUGACAAGUUGAUACGAAAAUGUAAAACUUUGUAGGAUAUUUUCUCCUAACUUGAGUACAAAAAUGGUAGACUUGGAUUUUAUAUGUAAAGCUCUAUGGUUACUACUGCUUCUGCAUGGAGUUAUGAAGCCUUUCAUGUAAUACAAAAUUUAAUUGUCAUCCAUUGAUUAAAGGCUAUACUGUGAAUUGAAAGAUUUAGCAUUCUUCUACGUCAGUUAUCUUAAAAGAAAACACCAGUUCAAUGUUCAUAAUCGCAUUGUUUUUUCUGCUGAGAUGGAACUUGAAUUCCAAAUUAGAAAGUGGCUUUGAUAGAGCAGGGAACAGAUAACCUUAUUAUAAUGUUACUUUGCUGGAAGAGGGUGACCUAUGAGCCAGCUACUACUUGCAGAAGUGAAGUAUAAGCACAAAGUUUAGAAGUGAAUUGUAUUUUUUUUUUAACGUGACAGUUACUUAAGUAGAUGAUUGAAUUAAUUAUUUGACCAACUUAAAGAUGGUGGUUGUAUUGGUCUUUGGUGGUGUGCAUAU